AUGCCCCGAUUGUCUAAAGAAAACCGUGAACGCUGCGUUGGGAUGCUCCAAGUAGACAUGUCCCAAAACGCUGUAGCAGCCACAGUCGGAACGUCUCAGAAGACGAUCAGCCUUCUUCAUGUUCUUUGGAGACGUUUCCAAACCACUAGAUCUACCGAUGACCGGCCCCGCAGUGGAAGACCCAGAGUAACCACCCCUACAGAGGACCGUCAAAUCCGGUUGCUUCAUAUGAGAAACAGAUUUUUAACGGUGGUAGAUUCAGCUCAAAAUGCUUUAAGGAGGAGGAUUAGCUCUCAGACGGUACGAAACCGACUGAAGCGUUGCGGUUUGAAAGCCCGUAGACCGUACAAAAGAACAGAGCUGACAGAUCGACACAAGACCUCCCGACGGAACUGGGCGCGGCACCAUUUCGCUUUCGGGUGCAACACUGGCCCAUAG